UUAAUUUUUUUUUGUCACCGUGAGAAAUAAAGUGCCAGUGUAGGGCAGCAACAUCAGUAGCGCUUUGAAACCGUGGCUGUUCGCCGCAGACGGAGCGCUCUCACUCACUGCGCCGAUGAAAGUUGAGCGCAGCACGCUGAUGACCUGCGAGCUUCCUCCGGGGAAACUGUGCAUUUGACUGGCUUAACGAGCGCCUGUUCCCAUCUCUACACUACACAUCAUUUGUUGCUGUCUUGAGCUCCGCUGUCCAGCAGGCUGAAGGCUGUGUGUUUGAACCCAGCGCACUCACGGAUACGGACUCACUCCGAGGAUCACAGAUGGACUGGCUCACACCUGAGAUGUGAAGUGUGUUAUGUGAGCCAAGGUGUUUUCCCACCUCGCUGGUGGUGGGGAGAGAUGCUGCACUCCGUUGCCAUGACAGCAGAAGUUCUCUUUGUUCUUGGGUUCCUGAUGAUGAGCGGCGCUCUGUGUAAUCCUAUCGCGACCUUACCGGUGAGCCAAGAGCGUCUGGAAAGGGUGUUGACCCAAGCUAGGGAGGACAAACAUCAGGACAAGCAGACUGCAGAGGAGCCGCUGGGAUACAUGGCCCAGGAACAGCCGCAGGAAAUCAAUGCUGUAGGGCCCAACAGGACUGCCAGGUCAAACCUCAGCUCUCAGGCGCGAGGAUCUAAAGGCGAGAAUUCCCAGGAGCUGUGGAGCGAACAGGACAGCCUGAACCAAAUAGACGAAGCUCCGACCAGUGACGUCACCCUCUCCCUGGACGCCAUCGACGAGUACGCGUACCCAGACUACAGGGGGAAAGGCUGCAUGGAUGAGAGCGGCUUUGUUUUUGCCAUCGGCGAGCAGUUCACCCCGGGCCCUUCAACGUGCCCUUGCCUCUGCACAGAUGAAGGCCCUCUGUGCUCCAAGCCAGAAUGUCCCAAGGUCCACCCUCGCUGCAUCAAAGUGGACACUAGCCAGUGCUGCCCGCAGUGCAAGGAGAAAAAGAACUACUGUGAGUUUCGGGGCAAGAUCUAUGCUUCGCUAGAAGAGUUUAAGGUGUCUCCGUGUGAGAAGUGCAGGUGUGAGCCGAGCGGAGAGGUGCUGUGCUCUGUGGCAGCCUGCCCACAGACGGAGUGCGUGGACCCGGAGUACGAGCCGGAUCAGUGCUGUCCCAUCUGCAAGGGUGGGCCAAACUGCUACGCGGACACGGCGGUGAUACCGGCUGGCCGAGAGGUGAAGAUCGAUGAGUGCACAAUCUGCUACUGCACAUACGAGGAAGGCACGUGGCAGAUUGAGCGUCAAGCCACCUGCAGUAAGAACGAGUGCCAGCGGAGCUAGAGACUGGCACGGCGACGAGAGAGGGACAUUGGCACGCAACACCAGUGCCGAGCCUCAUGCACACUCUCAGCCUUUCACCCAGUCUACCGGGCAUCAGGGUCGGACAGCACCCCUCAAGCAUUUCAGCAUUAAUACUGUAGUCACUCCUGUAUUACUGAAACGAUGCUUUUAUGAAAGUUUAUAAUCCACACACAGAAUAUCUAUUUAUCUAUGUAUUAAAUUAUUUAUGAAUAUAUAUAUGAAAUAUAGGAGUCAUUAAUGCUGAAACAGUGGAAGACUAUUUUUUAUAGUAUCUGUAUUUUAUUAAGCAAUGUAUUGGACCAGAGGUCAAUAAAACAACAGAAUGUAUAGAACACACACAGCUGUCUUUGGAGGUGCAAGCCUCAACGUCUCUUAACCCGCGGUGUCAUCCGACAAAUCUCGACACCCGUCCCUCUACCACCAAAGUGCAGACUAGACUGUGCACGAUUCAUUUUGCAGUGCUAGGGUGCAGACUUGCUGUGCAGGACAGCGCAGUGCAGAGUUACAGGCGAACAACAACGAAGAAAGACGAGUAAAUUCACGAGGACUCGACUGUUUCCUGAUUUCUUUUAUCCUUUUUUUUUCUGGAUGUUCAAAUGUGCUUUGAUUUGAAAGUGCUUUUUUUGUAUUUCUCUCGGUACAGUGUGUUCAUGUUUCAAAUAAAUGCCAUUCUGUGCUCUGUAAAUGCUCCGACGGUACCUGUUUUUUUUUUUGCUGUGAGUUUUUAUGUUGAUGGUGAUUUGCAUUUACAGACUUGCUACCUGGAAAAAACAAAAAGCUUGCAGUUUCACUUGAAUCAACAAAUGAUUGUCGAUGGUUUGUUGUUUGGAAUAAAUGAUCAGAGUAUCAGAGGAGCCUUUGAAAGUGACAAAUCUUCCCUUUUUAGAUGGGAACGUUUUUCGGUUUUGAAGUUCCUGGAUGAUAUCUGUGUGAAAGCUACAGGUAAAUAUUUAAUAAGUUGUCAAAGAGGAUAUUAAGUUCCUCAGUAAUGCAGGGCUUUCAUUUCCGGUAGUUAUAAGCAUCCCAAAAUAAACAUGAGCCCUUGGAAGUGCAGGCGCUCCGGAGUUGCCCCUGGAUUUCCAACUCCAUUAAUAAAGCCCAGACUGGACAAUUCGAUCUCAUUGAUUCCAAUUUGCUUCCAAAAUUUGGAAACCGAAAGGUCAUCCGACUUGCUGCAUAUAUGCUUUUUUGUUUUUGCCUUCGUUAUUUUAGUUUGAAGAUUAAUCAAACGAAUGCAGAGGCGUAAGGGCCAAUCAAGCAGCAGAUCAAAAUGAAGAUGAAUAAUUUAGGUCCAGGU